AUGCGUUUUGGUGGAUUUUACGUUAAACACGUCAUUGUGGCAGCGGUGUGCUUCUUGCUGGCAACGGGGACGCUGGGGUCCCCCGUGGUGGUGCCAGAACCGAUCCGAUGUUCCCCGUGUACUCCGGAGAGGCUGAGCCAGUGUCCGCCGGUGGAUCCUGGGUGCGCUGAGGUGCUGCGGGAGCCCGGCUGUGGAUGCUGUCCCGCCUGCGCCCUCACGGCGGACGAGCUGUGCGGCAUCUACACGGCCCCGUGCGGCUCCGGACUCAGGUGCACCCCGAAACCGGGGGACCCCCGACCGCUGCACUCUCUCACUCGAGGACAAGCGGUGUGCACGGAAAGCUCCGAGCCGAAACCGACACCGGAGCCUCAGACGCAAGAUCAGGGAGAGCAAGAGGCUGAGAUGGAGAAUGUGGCCGUGGUCUCGGACCCCGGCUUCAGUUACUACCUCCCCGGCCAGAGCAAACCAUACGACCCGAGGGUGGCUGCCGACGCCCAGGAGAGCAUGAAGGCCAAACUCGUCGCCAUCCGCAAGAAAUUAGUCGAGCAGGGGCCUUGUCAUAUUGAGUUGCAAAGAGCCUUGGAGAAGAUUGCCAAAUCCCAACAGAAAUUAGGAGACAAACUGACCAGAUUCUACCUCCCCAACUGUGAUAAACACGGGCUUUACAAACCCAAGCAGUGUGAAUCCUCUCUGGAUGGUCAAAGGGGACGGUGCUGGUGUGUAAACUCCUGGAAUGGCAAGAAGAUUUUAGGCUCCACCGAUCUGCCGGCGGAAUCCGAGUGCUCUUAG